AGUUGAGAUUCUGAAAGAUUGCUGAAAGCAUGAAGUUGGCUCUGGUACUUUUGGCAGGACUCUACAUCCUCAGUGAUUAUUUCACUUCCGGACAGUCGUAUACCUACAAUGCAGAUGAAAUAUGCAUAUGCUCGGGUCAUUUGGUGAACGACUUGGUUCCGGACUGCGAAGAUUGCUCCGGUUACUACAUUUGUGGCGAUGGCUCCUACGAGAAGGUGAAGUGUCCUCAGGGUCUGAUUUUCGACAUUGCAUUGAACACCUGCGUGUUGGGUCAGUGUCCAAGAUUUGAUGGCACUUGUUCAGCAAACUCUACCGUCCCUCCGCCCGUCACCACGACCACAACGACUGCAGCUCCUGAAACUAUUCCACCUACACCUUCAGGACCUUGUGACAAUGAUGUGACGUGUCAAUUGCAAGAAAAAAGUAUCCCCCAUCCUACUCAUUGUCGAAAUUUUUACACCUGCUAUGGAAAAUGCGCGGUUUUGGGACUCUGUGAGCUGGGUAAAUGGUUCGAUCGGGAGGGGAAUGUGUGCAAUUAUUCCCAUAAGGUCACAAACUGUCCCGCCAACCAGGACUAAGACACGCCACUUUCAGGUAUAAAAGGGAAUUCUUUAAUUGACUUUACUUUUCCUCAUAUUGUUACCUAUGUUUGCGUAUGAAAAUAUAUUAAUAUUAUAUCAGC